UUUUACUCUUUGUAUCAAACUGGAAGAAACAUUUAAACAUUUUCCGGAAAUUUUAUUUUGAAAGGCGUGACAGGAAACGCUUCUAUCGCAUCCCGGCUAACGUGACACGGGUCUGACGAUCCACACAGAGCAGACACCGGCGGCCACUGGUGCUCACGGCACGGGCAGAGGAGCCGAGUGCUGCGGGACCGGAGAGCUUCACCUGCCGGCGUCAGGUGGAGGCUCCGCGGGGACAAAGAAGACUUUUCUCGCUUUUUUUCCCUUCACUCCUCACCGGUGUUUCACGGAGCUGCCGCGCGUGUUUUCACCGAGGUUUUACCGGAGGAGCAGCGCGAGGACAACGCGGUAAUUACGUGUAGGUGUGUGUGUGUGUGUGUGUGUGUGAGAACGUGUGAUAGACGGAGGAGCAGCUUCAAUAAACCUCCUUUUAUCACCGUGAAGCAGGAGGAGAAACCUCCGCAUGUUCCGCCUCAGUGGACUGUGAGGCAAGUAGGAGACCCAGGAGGAGGAGGAGGAGGAGGAGGAGCAGUAGCAGUAGCAGUAGCAGCAGGAGGAGUAGCAGCAGUAGCAGGAGCAGGAGCAGGAGGAUUUAUGGGAGAUUCGCUGGAUUUGUUUCAUCUUCGCCGCGACGCUGUAAACUUGUGUCCGGGAUGGGGAAAGAGCAGGAGCUGCUGGAGGCUGCCCGGACCGGGAAUGUCGUCCUGGUGGACAAACUGCUCAGUGGGAAGAAGGGGAUUCUCGGCUCCGGGUCCGGGUCCAUCCCUCUGACCAACCUGCUGAGCAUGUGGAAAGGCCUGAACGUGAACUGCACAGACAGCUCAGGAUACACGCCGCUGCAUCACGCUUCACUCAACGGACACAGAGACGUGGUUCUGAAGCUGCUUCAGUUUGAAGCGUCCACAAACGUCCCAGACAGCAAAGGUUGCUUCCCGCUGCACUUGGCUGCCUGGAAGGGAGACGUGGACAUCGUCCGUAUCCUCGUCCACCACGGACCGUCUCACUGCCGGGUCAACCAGCAGAACCACGAGAGGGAAACAGCGCUUCACUGCGCGGCCCAGUACGGACACUCAGAGGUGGUUUCAGUGCUGCUGCAGGAGCUGACCGACCCCAGCAUGAGGAACAGUCAGCAGGAGACGCCUCUGGACCUGGCAGCGCUGUACGGACGCCUGCAGGUGGUGCGCAUGCUGGUGAGCGCUCACCCUAACCUGAUGAGCAGUCACACUCGCAGACACACUCCCGUUCACCUGGCUGCACGGAACGGACACCACAGCACCGUGCAGACUCUGCUGGAGGCCGGCAUGGACGUCAACUGUGUGACAGAACAUGGCAGUGCCCUCCAUGAGGCCGCUCUCUUUGGGAAGAUGGAUGUAGUUCGCCUUCUGUUGGACUCAGGGAUCGACACUAAUCUGACAGAUAGUAAAGGCAGAACAGCGCUGGAGAUCCUGAGAGAACAUCCUGCACCAAAGUCCCAACAGAUCACUGCUCUUAUUCAAGAAUAUAUCAUGGAUGAGAUGGAGAGGACAAAUAUCGUGGAGGAGCCUGUUCGCAGGUGUCCUGUCCCAGCACCUCGAACCUCUGUCCCCUCGCCCUCUGCCUCCCCGUCCCUCAGACACAAGAAUGAUGCCGUGACGAGCGAACUGUCCAAACUGCUCCACGAGAUCAAAAAGUGCCGGGACAGAGAUUACUCGUUCGAGGAGCUCUGUCACACCAUCUCCUCUCACUCCGUGGACAGCUGUGACGAGGACCGGCCCGACAGACCCAACGGCACGCUGACCCCAGGCGCCAAGCCGGUGAACCUGCCUGUCACUGCUGCUCUGGAGGAAGACGAGGCAGAGAAGAGUUGUGGCCCCUCUGGAUUCUGGGAGGCCCUGACGCCCUGCAACGGCUGCCGUAACCUGGGUUUCUCCAGCCCCUCACAGGACUCAAAGCUUUCAGGAGAAAUCAUCACGUCACCGUCGCUGGACGUUUUUCUUCCGGAGGACGAAGACAACCCGUACAGGUCGGUGACGACCGCCGUCACACGCAAACCCUGCUCACUCGACAUCAACCACCGCUACAACAGCAGCUCCCGCAACGGUCACUUGUCCCAUGUAACAGUGAGUGAAGGGGAGCACGGUAACCAUGGCAACUGCUCAACGGGCCCCACUCCAGACUGCUCGCCCCCCUCUCCUGACACGGCCCUGAAGAACAUCGAGAGAGUCAUCCGCCCACAGCCCAAACAGCGCACGUCUCUGUCCUCGUCCCUGGACGUCCAAAGGCCAGUGAACCACAGCUGUGAGCCCAGCGAGGUGAGCUCCUCCCUGGGCUACGCCAGCUUCAGCACCAGCCCCCCCGCCAGUCCUCCACUCAGCCCCAACCAGGACUCUGCAGGCUCCAACGACGACUGUCAGCUCACAGACGACGGGCCGUACCAGCGGGACCCUCCUCCUCCUCCUCCUCCUCCUCCUCCUCCCUGCUCUUCCUCCACAUCAAACACUCAGCUGGAGGAGCGAAGGAAGAGCCACAUCCCAGAGGAGUUUGCAGGCCUUCUUCAUGGAUCUUCCCCUGCCUGUGAGACUCCUGACACGCCGUACCAUCUUUACAGCCCCAAACCUCGGAAAUACCCCUCCACUGAAGUGCAGAGCAGCUUGGUGCAAACCCCAGAGUUCAGCAUCGUGAUCGGAGGAGGACCCACUCAGGUCUUCUCCAGAACGUCCGAGAGGAGCACCAACGACCCCCAAAAGCCUCAGGUGGUGUACCGAACUAUCUUCCACACCAGGGUCAACCAGGAACAGGCUCGUCCCAAGAAAUCUGAGCGGGUGGAUUCGUCUCGUGGUUGGUGGACAUUGGACCGACCGCCGUCUUACUGCUCUGAUCAGAAGAAGGAAGUGUCAGAGCGACAGGGAAAGCAGGCGCUCGGCGAGUCUGGCUACGAAGAGCGAGCGUGCACGCUGGGGAGGAUGAGGUCUAUGCCCCGGAGUGUGUUGGACUUGCAGUUGUCCAAGUCUCUUUCUAAGUCUGAUUCCAACCUGGUAGCAGUGUCUCCCAUUCAGGAGGAGCACAGUUGGGGGUCUGGAUCUCGGGGUCCGGGGCCUGGAAGUCCAAACCCAGGUGAGGGUUCCAGCCCAGGUGGACGACUGGAGAGAACACCCUCCUUCACUGCUGAGUGGGAAGAGAUUGACAAGAUUAUGAGCUCCAUCGGUGCAGGAAUUGGUCGUGGAUUGGACAUCAAGGAGGACAUCUCAGGUCCCCGCUGCCCGAUGCAGUCUGUGGGCCAGUGGCUGGACUCCAUCGGCUUGGUCCAGUACGAGAAUCACCUGCUGGCAAAUGGAUUUGACAACGUACAGUUCAUGGGCAGUAACGUGGUGGAGGACCAGGACCUGCUGGAGAUUGGGAUCCUCAACUCGGCCCACAGACAAAGGCUCCUGCAGGCCAUACGGCUGCUGCCCAGGGUGCGGCCCAUCGGUUACGACGGUAACAACCCCACGUCAGUGGCAGAGUGGCUGGAGUCUCUGGAGCUCGGCGACUACACCAAAUCUUUCCUCAUCAACGGUUACACCUCCAUGGAGCUCGUCAAGAAGAUCUGGGAGAUCGAGCUCAUCAACGUAUUGAAGAUAAGUCUUAUCGGUCAUAGAAAACGGAUCUUGGCCUCGUUGGGGGACCGGCUACACGAAGACACUCCUCAAAAACCACCGCGGGCCAUCUCCCUCAGGGAGCCCGGCGGGAACCACACUCCUCCCCAGCUCAGCCCGUCGGUGGGCCAGGCAGCGUACACGGCGGGGGUCCCGGGCGGAUCUCUAGACGUGCAGCAUCUUAUCAUGCAGGCAGACGCUCGGCGCAGACAGCGCAGCAACGACAACUACUUCGAGGACGUGCCGCGAUCCAAGCUGGAACGACAGAUGGCUCAAGUCAGCAUGGCAGGCGAGUGGUGUGAGCCAAUCACAUUGCGGCCACCAAAUGAGGCCUCAUCCACGCCGGUGCAGUAUUGGCAACAUCAUCCCGAGAAGCUCAUCUUCCAGUCCUGUGAUUAUGAAGCUUAUUAUCUGGGCUCCAUGCUGGUGAAAGAGCUGAGAGGGACAGAGUCCACACAAGAUGCUUGUGCCAAAAUGAGGAAGUCGACAGAACAGAUGAAGAAGGUGCCGACCAUCGUUCUCUCUGUGUCCUACAAAGGAGUCAAGUUCAUCGAUGCCACAAAUAAGAAUAUCAUUGCAGAACAUGAAAUCCGUAACAUCUCGUGUGCUGCUCAGGAUCCAGAGGAUCUGUCUACAUUUGCCUACAUCACCAAAGACCUCAAGUCCAGUCACCACUACUGCCAUGUCUUCACUGCUUUCGAUGUGAACAUGGCAUACGAGAUCAUCCUCACACUGGGUCAGGCCUUCGAGGUGGCGUACCAGCUAGCACUGCAGGCCAGAAAGAGUGGCCACGGGUCGUCCACACUGCCUGAGAGCUUCGACAGCAAGCCCAGCAAACCUGUCCCCAAACCCCGCAUCAACAUCCGCAAAUCUAUGGAGCAGCCGUCCAUGGACCAGAAGGGUCAUGCCAACGUGCCAUGGAUUGUGGAGCCGGGUCAGGAGGCCAAGAGAGGAGUCAACACCAAGUACGAGACCACUAUUUUCUAACAUACACCCGCCUUGUCCACUCCUGUGUGUGUGUGUGCCUUUCAGAGGUUGCCCUGUACUGGGGCCCCGCCCCGGAGUUGGGCUCGAGCGACGCACGCCGCCGCUGUGUCACCUCACCGGCUGAAAAUAAAAAAACAAAACAUCCCGCCCCGCCCCCAUUAGCUGAGCCUGUCCACUGCAUGAUGACGUUUGGCGCUGCGCCGUCUUUCUCUUUGUCUCCUUUCCUUUCUUUCGUUUCUGCUCUCCCCUUCUUUGGCCUGGGCCCCAUCUUCCUGCCUGCAGGCCUGGCGCAUGACCUUUGAACCCAGGGGUGGGGUGCAGUCCACCUGUAGGGGGAACGGUCAGCUUGGUUUUCCCCACUUCCUGUCUGUCGGUCAGUCAGCAGUCAAGCACUUGUUGAUAGGUGUAGCUCUAUGAAUCCGUCUAUCUCCUCCUGCCUCCAUCCCUCGCUUCGAUCCACAGUUCAGCCCCUCUGUCCUCUGAGAGAUUUGAAAUAAGAACCGUCACAGUGUUUUAACUGUCUGUUCAGCCCAGAGUGGGAGCUGGGACCAUGUCUAAACAUGACAUGUUGUCUAAACAUGACAACAGGAGGAAAGUGGAGACUUUUUUUAAGAAGGUUUUUUAAAAUAAAAGAGAAGAAGAGAUGUAGCACAGUCUAACUUUAGACUUAAACUGGUUCAUUCAGCAGGCUACCAGAAUGUACUUUAUAUCAGACUUGCUUUUUCUUGUUUGUUUUUUGAAUAUGCUAACGUUCAUUUCUUUGACUAACAGCUUUAAACUUGACCUGUGACACAGGAAGAUGUAGGUGUUUUUUUCAGAACAUGUGUACAUACGCUGCGUUUCUUUCCCUGGGCAUAAUCCUAUCCUAUUUUAUUUGGGGGAAGAAAAUCUUGUAUGUAAAAGGUUUUAGCAUGUGACUUGUGAGACGCAUGGUGGCCAUUUUGGAUUUGCUGAGCAGGGGGGCCGGUGGAGAGGCGGGGUGUGAGGGCUCUCUCGAUAAGUGAUGUCAUCUCAUUUGCAGGGAAAAGCCGGACGCUCAUGUCAUGUCUUACUGUGGAAUACAAAGAAUGUAGCCAGCCCUAAACACGGACCUUGUCAUACAUACAAUGCAAAAAGGACUACAAUGGACUACAAACUUGGAACCACUGCAGUGUUUAAGGUUGACUACAAAAAUUUGAAAAUUCAUCCACAUGAUGCUUGACACAGUAAAGUCUUUAACACACACUAACUGAACUACAUGUUGACAGACGACCGUCUGCUCUGAAUGUACACUUAUUUUGAAGCCGCCUCAACUUUCUGCAGCGACAGCAGGAUCUGUUUUAUGCAGCCAGCAGGGAGUGUUUGGGCAGGUUAGAGGGCAUCUGUUGCGCUGGCUCAAGGCACCACUGGGCAUGUGUCAAUGUUGGAAUGGGAAUGUGUUCGACGACGUCUGGCUGGCUCUUUUUUUGGUCUUUUUGAUUUUCUUUGUAGUCAGAAAAUAAUAUAUAUAUACGUAUAUAUACAUGUAUGUGUAUACAUAUAUAUAUAUAUGCACAAGCGUGUAAAUGUGAUUGGACUAAGCUGCAACACGCUUCAACUGCAACAGGUGUGUCACCUAUGUGAACAAAACUGCAUCUGAUGUUUCAAAAAAGUAUUCUAUUCAUAUUGCCCGACAUUUUAAUGUUUAAUAUGAGAGUAUUAUAUGACCAUGAUGAUUAUGAUUAUUCUUGUGCAAUUCUUGUCUACUGUUGUCUUAAUGUUACAUUAUUUUUCUAUGAUAUGCUGAGAUCAAACUUGAGCUUGAGAAUGAUGGCCAUCCUUUAAAAAAAAAAAAAAAAAAGUAAAAAAAUGUCAAAGUAGACGACAGAAGUUAUGAACAGAGAGUGAACGUUGCAGUUGGCUUGCUAACUCGUCAGGUCAACCCUCCAUCAUUUCUCAUGGGGCUCUCCUCUAGCAGAUGGACUAUUUUAAACGCAGUAUUACUGUAUCAUUUGGAUGAGAUAUUAUCCAAUUAUAAAAUGUAUAUAGAUAUUUUGCCAACUCAUUGUUCAUAUGUGUAAUGUAAAACAGAAAAGAAUAAAGGAUUUGCAGUAUAUGGCACUGGAAACAAGGUACAAAAACAUAAAGGUUGGAAAUUUAAAAAAAAAGAAAAGUGUUACAUGUAGAGAUUGUAUUUUGAGUGAAAACGGAAAUGAGUUAUACGGUUACAUCACUGCUGACCUACUAAUGUACAUAGGCUUGGGCUUCCAGCACACUGAUUUUUGUAAUUUUGGCCAUUAUUUAUAUCCUUGUAAAGCACAUGAAAUAAAAUACAACUUGUACAACCA